AACGCCGGCCUUUUCCGCCCGAAGCGUCUGUUGUUUCAACGCGGAAAAUUAGUAAAUGAUGGCAGCGAAUAAUUAUUUUGGGUUUACUCACGGAGGAACCCAGUACGGCGCGGCUACUGCCGGGGCCGCUUACGGUGGCCAAACGGGGUACGCCGUGGCCCCGGCGGCCACUGCGGCGACGUACGGCACCCAGCGCGCCGCCGCCACGGGAUACGAUACAGCUUAUCAAGCCGCAGCGGCUACACAAGGUUACACAGCUGCUCACGCGCACGCGCACGCGGCGGCGGCGGCUGCGUCGGCGUAUGACGCCAGCAAGUCGGCAUACUACCAGCAGGCCGCCGCCGCCUAUCCCGCCGCUGCACCGCCCACGCCGCAGUACGACGCCACUGCCGCCAAGCCCGCUUACUCCACGCCUGCAACUUACGCUCAAACGGGGGCGCGCGCAGGCGGGGGUGCUGCAAAGGCGGCAUACGGCGGCGUGUACACCGCUACGACCGCCGCUACUUCCUACCCCACGCAGGCAUAUUCGCAGCCCGCGCAACAGCAGCCCAAGCAAACUGCAAACCGAGGCAAUACUGCAUAUGACACUGCGCUGUACAACGCGGCGACCAUGUACGUAGCUCAACAAAAUAAAACUGGUGGCGGCGGCGGGUGGAAGAACUACAACAAAGGUGGCGUGGGUGCUGGCGCAGCGCGGCGGCCUAAGCCCCCGCCGAAGGCGCAGCAGCUGCACUACUGUGACGUAUGCCGUAUCUCCUGCGCCGGUCCGCAGACCUACAAAGAGCAUCUGGAGGGACAGAAGCAUAAAAAGAAGGAGGCAGCCGUCAAGCUGGCGGCGGCGGGAGCCUCGGCGGCCAGCGGCCGUGCGGCGGGAGGCUCCUCGCUGCGCUGCGAACUAUGUGACGUCACUUGCACUGGCGCCGACGCCUAUGCGGCUCACGUACGCGGCAUCAAGCACCAGAAGGUCGUCAAGCUGCAUACCAUGCUGGGGAAGCCUAUCCCUUCUACCGAACCCACUAAGCUCGGCAAUGCCAAAAAGACGGUGGCCGGGACGCCCAAGAUCGCGUUCGUUGCCUCGGGGGGGCUCAGUACUGUGAACACGAACACGAACAAAGAUGCGAAACCUGCAGACAAGGAGAAGGAUGGCGACGAGAAGGACGAGGACGGCGACACCGAGCCUGAGGUGCAGCCUGUGGGGCAGGACUACAUUGAGGAGAUCCGCGGCGACGACGGCAAAGCGCUCUCCUUUAACUGCAAGCUAUGCGACUGCAAGUUCAAUGAUCCCAAUGCGAAGGAGAUGCACAUGAAGGGCAGGAGGCAUCGUCUGCAGUAUAAGAAGAAGGUGCAACCCGAUCUGGAGGUGAAGGUAAAGCCUUCGAUGCACCAGCGCAAGAUCGCCGAGGCCAAGGCACAGCGCAUGAUGGCGCGCGACGAACUUUGGGCCAGGAGGCGCAUGCAUGACGGCAUGGAAGAAGACGAGCGUGCUUAUUGGGAAGGCGGGCUGGAGCCGUGGGGCUGGCGUCCUCCGCACCCACCUCCCCUGCACCCACACCAUCACGGCAUGGGCAUGGGUUACGGGCCAGUGGGCCGGCGGCCCGAGACUUCAGACGAUCGCCACGUAAUCGCCAAGCAUGCUGAGAUCUACCCCACGGAGCAGGAACUGCAGGAGAUUCAGCGUGCCGUUUCGCAUACCGAGAAGGCCCUCAAGUCGCUUUCUGAUGCGUUGCAGGACCAGGCCAAGCCUAAGGGACCAGUUGCCGCUAAGAAGUCUGAAGACAAGAAAGACGAUAAACCGGAAGGUAAAGAAGAUGGUCGCGACAAUCAACUUUUCUCGUUCAUGGGUGAGGGCGAGUCGGGGGCGAGCGGCGGUGAGGGCGCGAACGUGGGCAGCGUCAUGCGCGCGCUCAAGGGCGUGAUGCGCGUGGGUUUGCUGGCCAAGGGUCUGGUGCUGCGCGGCGAUCGCGACGUGCGCCUUGUGGUGUUGUGCCACGACCGUCCCACCGUCACGCUGCUCAAGCGCGUGGCCACCGAUUUACCCGCUCACCUCGCCAAGGUCAAGGGCCCCGGCGACGAGCCCAAGUACAAGGUCGAGUUGCAGCCGGCAGAGGGCGCUGUGCAGGUGUCAGAUGGCACUGUCAACGUGCUGGUCAGCCUCACUUCGGCUGUAAUGCGCGAGCCUGCAGAGGGCGGCGAGGUAAAGCGCGACGACAAGGACGUGCUCCCGCGGCAGAAGUGUUUGGACGCGUUGGCCGCCCUUCGGCACGCCAAGUGGUUCCAGGCUAGAGCGGCAAGCCUGCAGUCGUGCGUUAUCAUCAUUCGCAUCAUGAGGGAUCUUUGCCGUCGUAUUCCCAACUGGACUCCGCUCAACCCUUACGCAAUGGAGUUGCUGGUGUCGGGAGUGAUGCAGUCCGCGGGCUCGGCGUUGUCACCCGGCGAGGCACUGCGCCGUGUGAUGGAGGCCGUGGCCGGCGGACUGCUACUUGAUCAAGGGCCUGGAUUGCGGGACCCCUGCGAGAAGGAGCUUGUCGAUGCUCUCGGCAAUCUGCCACCGCAGAAGCGUGAAGACUUGACUGCUUCGGCGCAGCAAUUCUUGAGACAAAUCGCAUUUAGGCAGAUUCACAAGGUGCUAGAUAUGGAGCCGCUGCCUAAGAUAAAGCACCCUACGGGUGCGUGGAAGUUCCCCCGCAAACGCAGGCGUUCCAACACUGACGCUGAGGGCGAGACGCCUAACGGUGAAGGCAAGGUAGUGAAAACCGAGGAGAAAUCUGAUGCGUCAGAAAACAGCGCAUCAAACGCGAAGAAGUAACGCCCGUGCUCGCGUCAUCCUCGCUUACCGACUCGCUGUUCUUUUGUGAUCACUCCGCAGUCGGUGGCUAGUCAACCAAAGUCACUGAUCGACGCAUCUGCUUGGCUGCCUAUUCAGUCGAGCACACCAGUAACAGAUCCGAUAGAUAUUAGUUCAUGACGAGGAGCCAAGCCUGUUGCCUCGAAAUGCAAUAAUCUGGUAAACUACACUGAAUGCAAGGAUGUCUAUUUUGUGUAACAUAUUUACCCAUCCACAAGUUUUUUGGUCACACAAAUAUUAUGUAUGUAUAUUAAUAUUAUUUUUGUGGAGAUCUGUCCAAAAACAACAAAGAUAGCUGUCCCGAUAUAUUUGUAGUGUUUUAAAAUUAGGUAAAAGUUUAGGCUCUAUAUUAUAUUGUAAUUUAGAACUAGAAUGUUGAAGAUUGAGAGACAGGGAUAUAGUGUACGCCUGAGCGAGUGGCCUGAUAUGGUAGGCAGGAAGAGCACGAAGGAAGCCGAUUCGAUUAGGGCUCUUAAGAUUUUCUUUAUUAUUAGGAUAACAGUAUUUUGACAUUGAUAUUUAGUUCCUUGUGUUUCGACAUCGUCGAUUCGCUUUUGUUCGCCUGCUGAAUAGCAGUGUUUUUGUCUGCUGAAUAGCAGUUUUUAAUAUUGAUUAUCUGUUUUUUUCUAAUUUUAUUAAUUGUAAGUUGUAUAUUUCCUGAAUACACAUCUGCUGCCUACAAAUAAUGUAGAAGAAAGAGAUCUGUUGCAUCACCUUAUAAAACGAGUAUCCUGAAAUUAGAACCAUUUUAAACGGUACUCUGCCUAGCACUGAAUAUGAUUUGAUAAAUUUUAGUGUGAUUUUCGCUUUAUUAUUAUUUACUAGGAAUAAGGUUACAUACAAAUAUUAGAAACCUUUUAGAUAGAUAUUAUAAAAAAUUCAACUGAUGUGAAGUACGACUGUGAAGUGAAACCUUUAUGAUUUGUUCUCUCGUUCU